AAUAAAUACUCAAUUGGAUUGGUUUGGUGGUUACUUGCUCGUGAGGUUUUGUUGCUCCGCGGAAAGAUCAGUCGCCAAACUGGCUUUGUUGUUGAUGGUAAAUAUGUCAUGCCUGAUUUGUACUUCCACCGUGAUCCGCAAGAGGCAGAAAAGGAAGAACCUGUUGAAUCUGAGCAUAAGGAAACUUGGCCUCAAGCCAUAGAGCAGGCCGAUUAUGUUGCACCGACUGAGCCGGUAAAACUGGACUUCAACGUUCCGCUUAUUAGUGAUUGGGCUGCGGCUUCUGAGUGGCCUCAAGAAGAGGAGGCUCAGGUUGCACCUACUGCACCAAUUGGUCAGCAACAGCCUCAGCAGCAGCAAACUCAACAAGGAGGUGAUUGGAACUCAGGUACUAGUGGAUGGUGA